CGCGCUCAACGCGGCGCGAGAACGCGUCUGGACUUCGCGCCGUCUCGCGACGACACCCGCACAGCCUCGAGUGAUCGGGCGGGGACGCACAAGGGGACUAAUCAGGCGCCCGACGCGCUGAACGGCGAAGGGCUCGUCUAGGUCGAACGGUUCACGGCGCGGGUCGCCGGGGACGAUGGCGGAUAAGGCGGCGCAGGACAUGCAGGCGAUGAAACUUCGCGACAGGAGCGAGGAGAGCGCCAGGGAGGAGGUUUACGAGGCUAUCCACAUAGACGGAAACCCGAACGAGAGCGGUCACACCGUCACCACCGGCGUUCCGAGCAACGCGAGCGCGCCGCGCAAAUCUUACGAGACUGUCAAGGUUGUCGGCAACGGGUCCUUCGGCGUGGUGUUCCAGGCGACGUGCGUGGAGACUGGGGACGUCGUCGCGAUCAAGAAGGUGCUGCAGGAUAAGCGUUUCAAGAACCGCGAGCUGCAGAUCAUGCGCGUCCUGGACCACCCGAACAUCGUCCGCCUGAAGCACUGCUUCUACAGCACGAACGAGAAGGAGGAGGUGUACCUGAACCUCGUGCUCGAGUUUGUGCCGGAUACCGUGUACCGGCUGAGCAAGAUGUACUCGAAGUCGGCGCAACGGAUGCCUGACGUGCUGGUGAAGCUGUACACGUACCAGAUGGCCAGGGCGCUGGCCAACAUCCACAGCGGCGGGGUUUGUCACCGCGACAUCAAGCCCCAGAACCUGCUGGUGGACACGCGGACGCACCAGCUCAAGCUCUGCGACUUUGGCAGCGCGAAGAUUCUCGUCAGGACGGAGCCCAACAUCUCCUACAUCUGCUCGCGAUACUACCGCGCCCCCGAGCUCAUCUUCGGCGCCACGGAGUACACCACCGCCAUCGACAUAUGGUCCCUGGGGUGCGUCAUGGCUGAGCUGCUCCUGGGCCAGCCGCUGUUCCCGGGCGAAUCUGGCGUCGAUCAGUUGGUCGAGAUCAUCAAAGUCCUCGGGACGCCCACGCGAGAGGAGAUUCACUCGAUGAACCCCAACUACACCGAGUUUAAGUUUCCGCAGAUCAAGGCGCACCCGUGGAGCAAAGUCUUUCACAAGCGUUUGAAAGACGAGGCGUUGGACCUCAUCUCCCACCUGCUCGUGUACUCGCCCGACGUGCGGUUCGGGGGGUUGGAGAUUUGCUGCCACCGCUACUUCGACGACUUAAGGGAUCCCGCGGCGAGGACCCCGGACGGGAAACCUCUGCCGCCGCUGUUCGACUUCACCGAGGACGAGUUGAGGGCGUGCACGCCGGAGAUGCGCGCGAGGCUCGUCCCGGAGUGGUACAGGGGGGAAGGGGCGGGCGCCGCGUGAGCACGGGAGGUUGGCGGAUGAAGGCGAGCGCAACCUCAAAAACUCUUAGUCGACAACUACUUAGGCGGGGAUUUAGCGGGUGGGCGGGGCGGGGGGGAGACGCGGCGGGUACCGACGGAUGGUCGACGCGCCGCCGCGUAGGAUGGGACAAACGGAGAGAGAGGUGCGAGCGGCGACGGAGGCUCUGUACUACUGUAAAGAAUGAGACCCCCGCGGCGGGGCGUCCGCUUUCACGAUCGUUGACGCUUUGCGCUCGUCAGCACUCGCCGCAGUCGACGAUCUUCGCCCUGCCGUCCGCGACGGUCAUGAGCCGCAGAGUCUCCCAACUCGUCUCGUCCACGCACCGCCCGAUGACCAUGGUAUUCGUGAGCAGCCGCUGCUUCAGCGAACCAGGGGACUCGCCCACCCUGACCACCGCGAAUCGGCUCGACCCGAACCCCGGUCCCGAGAUCGGCACGACGAGCACGACGCUCCUCUCGUCUUCCGUCAGGUCCACGGGCUCGCCGUAGUACACUCCGCCGCCGGCGCCCGGGGUGCCGUUUCGCGUGGCGCUCAUCGCGUCCCUCUCCACGAAUUUGCCGACGCCGCCGUACACGUGCUUGCCGUUGCCCUUGCACGUGUAGGUGUACUUGCCCGAGUACGGCUCGAACGAGCACCCUUUGUACGUCAGCUUCGGGUCGACGCCCGCGUUUGCGCCGGUGCACAGCGCGAGAAAGUUGGCCACCGUCUUGGGGCACAGGUCGGGGCGGAGGUUGAACGUGAGCCUGCCCGCGGGUUGGCCCUCGAUCUCGAGAUCCAUGAAGGCCCUCUUCUGCGAGGCGAGGGCGAUGGACGCGCGUCGUCGUCGGGCGUUGUUGGUUCUUCUCGCGGGCGAGAGCGGGCGUGUG